UUUUCUUAAUUACCAAUUCCUCUCUCACUAAACCGUUAAUUUUCUACUAUUUCAAAUGAGCCCAAAAAAAGAUGCUGUUUCUAAACCAACUCCAAUUUCAGUACCCGUUUCGACCCGACCCGGGUCUCUCUACGUCGACACUGACAUGGGUUUCUCUGGGUCACCACUUCCCAUGCCACUAGACAUCUUACAAGGGAAUCCAAUUCCACCUUUUUUAUCCAAGACUUUCGAUUUGGUUGAUGACCCGACUCUUGACCCGGUCAUCUCUUGGGGACUCACUGGAGCUAGCUUCGUUGUUUGGGAUCCUCUAGAGUUCGCCAGAAUCAUACUCCCAAGGAAUUUCAAACACAACAAUUUCUCCAGCUUCGUCAGACAGCUUAACACUUAUGGAUUUCGAAAGAUUGAUACUGACAAGUGGGAAUUUGCUAACGAGGCUUUCCUUAGAGGGAAGAAGCAUCUUCUGAAGAACAUUCAUCGUCGUCGAUCACCACAAUCCAACCAAACUUGCUGCAGUAGCACCAGCCAAAGCCAAGGGUCACCUACUGAGGUUGGAGAAGAGAUCGAGAAGCUGAGGAAAGAGCGGCGUGCAUUGAUGGAGGAAAUGGUUGAGCUUCAGCAGCAAAGCAGAGGCACAGCUCGACAUGUGGACACUGUGAACCAGAGGCUGAAAGCUGCAGAGCAACGUCAGAAGCAAUUGCUCUCUUUCUUGGCUAAGCUGUUUCAGAACCCAGGUUUCUUGGAACGCCUGAAAAACCUCAAAGGAAGAGAAAAAGGAGGAGCUCUUGGAUUGGAAAAGGCGAGAAAGAAGUUCAUCAAGCACCAGCAGCCUCAAGAUUCUCCAACAGGAGGGGAGAUGGUGAAGUAUGAAGCUGAUGAUUGGGAGAGAUUGCUAAUGUAUGACGAAGAGACUGAGACCACUCCACUCUCUAGCCACCAAGGUAUGACUUCAAGCAUAGGAGGAACCGAUCCGAAAGGCAAGAACUUGAUGAAUCCAUCAGAAGAAGAGAUGAUCAAACCAGAUUACUUGAUGUCCUUCCCAUCUCCUGAAGGACUUAUUAAACAAGAAGAGAUGACAUGGAGUAUGGGUUUCGAUACUACAAUACCGAGUUUCAGCAACACCGAUGUAUGGGGAAACACAAUGGACUAUAAUGAUGUCUCGGAGUUUGAUUUUGCUGCAGAAACAACAACUGAUGGUUUGCCUGAUGUCUGCUGGGAACAAUUUGCUGCAGGAAUCACAGAGACUGGAUUCAAUUGGCCAACUGGCGAUGAUGAGAAUAAGCCAAUGGAUGAUCCUUAAGAUCUUUCAUAUAGUUUAGAACAAAAACCCGUUUAUUAUCGGGUGAACUAUUAAUUCAUUAUUCAUUUUGAAUGCACUCUUAUACAUAUAUAAUAAUAAUGAGUUUGAUUGUGCCUUUCUUAUUCACAGAAUCCAGGGUCUAAUAACAUUGAUUUUGAAGG